UUUUAUGAUUCCCCACUUAAUUUUAAACCUUAACCAAACUGUGUUUGUAUUUUCGAAUGUGAUCGUGUUUAGAAGAGUUUACCAAAGGCUUAUGUUUAAUUUUGUUCAUUGACAUAUACAUUGUUAUACGUACUUAUAAAAUAAUCCUGGAUGACCUGGAACGUUCAGUGAGGCUUUUGGAGGAUGCCCUAUCACUUCAACUAGAGGAUUAUUCAAACUACCGGGGAGAAGAACCCUACAUGAAACAAAUGUUUCGCUUACCCUCACAAAUCUUGAGCGACACAAUUUACUUAGAAAUGAUGAAUCCUCCAUGUAUGAUAGAACGUUGGCAAGUAUUAUGAAUAAAACUAAUAUGCUAUCUGGCAGUGUAUUACAAAAAAGGGAGAUGCCGUGGACUGUUGCUCUGAAUUGCUUGUACAUAGAGUUUUUUGAAAUCCUUCAGGGUCAUUCAGGUAGACAUGAUAUCUUAGAGGUAGUAUCAGACCUGGGUCGUUGUUGCUCUGAUGCUUUAAAAAUAAUACAAGGAUUUAAAUCUAAAGUGGCAGUAACUCAGAUAGAAGAGGAGUUAUGUAUAGAAAGAGAAAGGAAUACAUGGCGAUUAAUUUUUAUCUUAUAUCAGGAUAGACUGCUAACUCAAGGUCUAAUGGAAGAUAAAGGUAUUCCACAAUAUUGCGGCCGUUCGGAAAAACUUUGCAUGCAGAAUCUCUUCAAACGCGAUAACCUGGUGCGUGAAGCUCAGAUGGUGAUCGAUUGGUUAGAAAGCAAUGCAGCCGAUAGAGAUGAUGAGGCACUGCAUUUUUCUGAUAGUACUGUAGGAUGGGAAAAUACAUUGCACCAAUUGCAGUCGGCGGACACAAUAGCUUUUGAAAGUUCAAGGGAGAUAGUUCGCCAUUUGGACCCUGAUGCACCACACUAUGAAAAAAAGCCCCUCCACGAUUUGGACAUGGAAGACGAAAGAAGAUUAGAGAGGAAAAUAUUCACAGAGAUAAGAUGUGGGAAGUUAGAAGAUGCUCAACAGCUGUGUAGGCAAAGUGGUCAUUCUUGGAGAGCAGCCAUGUUAGAAGGUUGGAGAUUAUUUCACGAUCCCAAUAUGAAGGAAACUAACGUAGAUGCAGAUCCAAAUGAUGAAGACGCUGGUUUUGAAGACAUGGAACAGGAUAAACCAAAAGAUAUUGAAGGAAACUGCAACAGGGACGUUUGGAAAAAUAUUGCAAUUAAGUACUGUAAACAGGACGAUCUCACUUCAUACGACAAAGCAGCGAUAGCUUCAUUUUGUGGCUAUAUAGAAGCGAUGUUGCCAGUCUGUCACACAUGGGAGGAUAAUUUGUGGGCAUACAUGAAAGCUAUGGUUGAUAUAAAGGUCGAAUCUGAGAUCAGAGAUUGUGUAACCCGAUAUAAAGUCUAUUCGCCUCUACCAGACGAAUAUUGGGCUCAAAGGAUGUCUCUAAAUGAGCUAUUUUCAUCUCUGGAGUCGUCAAGGAAUCGCACAGUUGCCGAAGAAGCUAAAAAAUAUGAAUAUGUAAUACAGAAGCACAUCAUUCUUGACGAUAUUCCAAAUCUGUUGCUGAAGUUUGAAGAAUGGGUAGAGGAUGAUGAACAGACGUCGCAUUUUUUAAGGUUCCUCGCUCAUUUGGUUUUAUUUUUUGAUCAAAUUGGCCAUGGUCAUAACAGAGAAAUUGUUGAAAAGGUUCUGGAAAUCUAUAUAAAAAGACUUAUGGACAUGAAUGAAACGCAGCUAGUUGCAUUCUACGUCAGCAAAUUAAACGUACGAAAUCAAGUGCUUCUUUAUGCCAAAUAUCUGGAAGCAGUUCACGACACAGAAGACCGGAAAGUAUCCUUAGAAUAUGCAGAAAACAGUGGAUUGAAUAUUUUCGCAAUCACAAAGCAGGUGGUUGAGAACAUAAGAAAUAUUCCACAUGAUGUAGAGGAAAGUGGAAAUUUGCAGCCAAAACUGACGCCAGUCGACAAAUUAAAGAUAUCUGCUUUAGACUGGGUAUUGUUCUACGAGGAACAGCGUGGAGAAGCAUUGUUUCAAGCAAAUAGCUUAAUGUUCGCCUUUUUAACUUUGGGUAAACUGGAUGCUGCUCAACUGACCUUUAACAAGUUACCAACUGAUAUUAUUGAAAAAAUCAAUGCUGAAGAUAAAGUUGGAGAUGAUCUGAAUCAAGCUGUCAAAGAGUACUUGAGUUACAAAGCCUAUCUAGACGCACACGAAGCCUUCAAUGAAUGGUUUAAGCACUCGAAGAGCAAACCGAUGCCUCCUGAAGGUCUGCCCGAGAACGCACAGUUCCCGGAAAAAGUAGCACACCAACACAGGGAGUCACAAUAUAGAGCUGAGUUAGAAAGAUGGAAACUGGCACACAGUCAUCUAGCAAAAACUGCCAAAACUAUGUUGUACAACGUUCUCUUGUUUCCACAAGGAUGGUUAGUAGGCGCUCAGGAUGAUGAGUAUAUCAGAUCUACCUGCAUACCCAAAAUCGUAUUACUUCUAUACACUGUUUUAUCUGAAACAAAUCAACAUGAAGAAUGUGUUCAACUUGCUGAUAUCUUAGCUGCUGAAAAAUACAGCUUAUAUAAAGUUUAUUCCAGGCACAAGUUGGCAGAGGUUCUAACAAAAUUAGCAGAAAGCUCUGUAGCCUUACUAAAUGAAAGGAAAGAUCCGUGGGGAAAUGAAACAUCUGCAUAAUUUAUUUUACACUGUUGCGUUAGAAAUAUACGAUUUUUUACUUUUUAUGCUCGACUAGUUUCAGUAUCGACGCAGAGUGGAAGGCUAAGUUUGACAGGUAUUAAGGGUAUCCCUCCCUACUAAGCGGGGCAUUGGCAAAUGCUUGUUCCGGUAGUUGUUACACUCAGUAACUUUUUCCGGUUCAACUGAUUGCACAUGCCUCAAUACUUAUUGCUGGGUGGAGAUACAAGUCCGCC